AUGAAAGCCCUUUGUGACAUUUGUAAAAGCCUCGAUCUACAUAAGCUCAAUAACCGAAAACCACAAAAAUACGCUUUCGGAACAUGGGGCGACGUCAAGAAACGGUCGAUCACCUGCCCGUUCUGCUACCUCGUCCUGUGCUCCUCACCCGGAAGAGAGUACUGGGAAGGCCAAGCGCGCGUGCAGUGGAAGGAGGAAGGAGGCUACUUCACAGAAAAUCUGGUCGAGCACAUCGCCUUUCUCAACGAGGACACAUCGACGUCGCCACAUGGGACCGCGAGGAUAUUGGGGCCCCAGAUCGACGUGAAUUUGGUCAGAAAGUGGGUUAAACUAUGCGAGACGAACCACAGGGAUACGUGCGAGACGAAACUCGAGGUGGUUCGUACGCCCAGCAAUCCGGGUGGGCUGAAAGUCUUUCGCGUAAUCGAUGUCAUCGACAGUUGUCUCGUCGACGCGCGCCCGGGGAUCCGCUUCGUGCCCCUGAGCUAUGUGUGGGGCGAUGGAUUCGUGCCCAAGAUAAAGCUGACACGCGACACCGUGAAAAGUUUUUACACCAAGGGUUUCUUCCGCGAGGCAGGGCGGAAGGUGCCCACGACGAUCAGAGAUGCAAUGGCCUUUAUCGCCAAAGUGGGCGAGCGGUAUCUGUGGACGGACAGCCUGUGCCUUAUUCAGGAUGAACCGUCGGAUCUGGGGGAUGGGAUUUCGAAGAUGGACUUGGUGUACCAAUGUGGGGUGUUCACGCUCAUUGCGGCAAGUGGCACUGAUGCCGAUGCAGGCUUGCCCGGAGUCCACUCGGAUUCAUUGGCCGAUCCUAGAGUCGACGAGCAGUUGAAGGUGGAAGUGUUACCGGGAAUCAAGAUGACAAUAACCAAAGGUGUAUACGACAACUUUAUGUUCACAGCAUACAGGGAACGUGGAUGGACCAUGCAAGAACUCCUCCUAUCACAUCGUACGGUCAUCAUCACCCGAAAUAUGACAUUCUUCUGCUGCCGGAAGAAUACCUGGUCGGAAGACACGAUAUACGACAAAUAUCCAAAUGUGGUCAACACACUCGUAGACCCAAAAUCCGGAAACGGUGUCAUGUUCCUGUCCGAUAACGAGCCAAACCCUUGUGUCACCUACGGCUCAGAGCUAGCGAACUACUCUUCCCGCCGACUGAACAAAGAGUACGACGCUAUCAACGCCUUCACAGGGUUCCUCAACAGGCUGAAGAUCCAGUCCCACUCCGAUGUUCUCCAGGGCUUGCUCACGGUGCACUUUGAUAUCGGGCUACUUUUCACCGAUGUGGCUGCUCAUUCAGGCCCCCCAUCAACAGAUUAUGUCCGCCGAAAAGGUUUCCCGACCUGGUCAUGGGCAGGCUGGAGAGGCGAGAAGGGCGUGUUCGCCCGAAAAUGCAAGGUCCCUGACGACAUCAACCACUGGCUGAAGUAUAAUACAUACAUCGUCUGGUAUGUGCGCAGCCCAGAUGCGCCCCAACUAAAGCUGGUGUGGGAUUUUUCCUGCCAAUCGCAAUAUGGAAAACUUGAUUCGCAUCUCAUCGGAUACCGUCCCACCUUCGACAACCCCUACGGACACGCCCCGAACCCGGAGCUCAAGGGUCUUCAAAUCGAGCCGGAAGAGUCAAACAAGAAAAGGAUGGACACCAUUUACAGAGAAUUGAGAGAGCGAAAAUAUCCUCUCCUCCAUUUCUUCGCCCAUGUAGUUUUUGCGGCAAAGCUGGUGCCCCCAAAGCCCGACGGGUCCCAAGUCCACCAGGUCCUCGGUAUCGACGGUGGACGUUGUGGCUCCAUCUCCAUCGACGAUCGUGACCUCGUAAACGACGUCAGUGGUCCAUACGAGAUUAUACUUCUCUCGAAGGUUGACCAAUAUUAUGACUUUUUCUACAAGUCGGAGAUCAAUACAUCGAGUAAGGAGAAAUAUUGGGCGAUGUUGAUUAUGCGGGUAGGUUCUGAAAAAGUUGUUGCUGAGAGAAGGGGGCUUGGGUUUGUCUUCUUCAACACGGUUCACAGUAUGGUGGGCGGAAGGAAAUACUGGAAGGAAAUCGUCCUCGCAUAA